AAAAGGUGAGAUACAACAGAAAUGAGCAAGAAGACGGAGCAGGAUGUGAGGAGAUGGAGGUGGAUAUCUAUGCGACUGUUGAUGAUGUUGGGAAUAAUCUUACUGUUUUCCAGUCACAGGAAGAAGGACGACAGACUCAGAAGCAUUGUGCUGUCCUUAAAAUACCUGUCAGAGGUGCAACACUGCGUCGAGGAGUGUUGUGCACGGUGGUUUUAGUCGUGGUCGUCAUCUUGUUCAUAUACGUUCUUGUAGUCACCUUGGAUGUCAACCAGCUGAAGACCAAACACAACCAACUGAACAACACCUACAAUCAGCUGCUCAACAAUCUUUCUGAUAUCACUUUGGACAACAACCAGCUGCAGAGGGAACACGACCAAGUAAAUACCAUCAACAUUCAGCUGCAGGUCAAAUACAACCAACUGAUCAACACUUAUAAUCAGCUCAAAAUUGAACUUGAUGGAGAGUGUCAUGAAGGAUGGAGAAGAUUUGGAUCCAGUGUUUACAGAAAAUUCACAAAGAGUAAAACUUGGUCUGAGAGCAGGAGGGAGUGUGAGAAAAGAGGAGCUGAUCUGGUGAUCAUAAACAGCAAAGAGGAGCAGGAUUUUGUGGGACGACUGUACACAAAUGAAACCUCCUGGAUUGGUCUGAAAGCUGAACGGUCAACAAGUAAACAAAAAUAUGAAUGGAAAUGGGUGGACGGAUCACCACUGACAACAACGUUCUUGACUGCAGGAUGGUCUCAAGAUCAGUAUAACGAACGAGAAUAUGCUGCACUGUGUUGUACUACUGAAGGGAAAUGGACACAUUCACUUCACACUUUCAGUAAUAACUGGAUCUGUGAGAAGAAAAUACAAGAUUUCAUUGUUGAAUCUUGAUUAACUUCAGAUUACAUUUGGUCACUUUCAUUUAUUGUGUUUCAUGUGUCAUUUAUAGAUGUGAUGAUUCUGAACUUCAUCAUGUGUACAGGGUAGUGAAGCUGUCAUCAGAACUACAGGAGAACUUGAUAAUG